CCUCUAUCUCCGUCGUAUAGAAUAUGGCCUAGCAUUGCUAUCGGCAUCAUUUUUACUAUAGCAUUAACUGGCAAUUUAGCCAUCAUCUUUUUUACAAUUUCCAUUAAAAAAUUACAUACCUCAACUAAUAUUUUAAUCGCCAAUGUUGCUUUAAAUGAUCUCUUUAUUACAAUUAUUGUCAUGCCAAUAUGUUUCACCAUUUCUUUAACUUUGGUAUGGCCAUUUAGUUGUACAUUUUGUAUUAUAGGUGGAUUUUUAGACAUGAUACUUUACAAUAACGCCCUAUGCUCUCUAGCAAUUUUAAGUAUUAAUCGUUAUUAUGCCAUUGUCUGUGCCAUGGAUCCUAAUUUUGUUGCCAAGAUGUCUAUCAAAAGAGCUAAAAUCAUGGCUAUCGGUGUUUGGAUGUAUUCAGCAAUAUGGGCUGCGCCACCAUUAUUUGGAUGGAAUCGUUAUGUCUUUUACUUUUCCAAGUUAAUGUGUAAUAUGCAGCAACGUGAUCCAAGUCUCUAUGUGACCGUAGUAACUCUAUUUUGUACUGUUCUUCCAACCUUUACUAUCUUAUAU